GGGGGAGUGUCGAUAAAGGUGAAAAAAGGGGCAGGGGCGGCUCUUUCUAUUAUACUCUGAUCACAGAUUCCAGUUGGGCUUGCUGAGAAACCAACUGGGCUUCAUCAAUUUGUUCUUCACCAUGCGUUUUUAUUGAAAAAGUCUCAACAUUGAUGCUUCUUUCGGCCACACAGAACCGUGGGAGAGCAAAAGAACCAGUUAUAGGAAAGCAUCAAUUUUAUCAUAUCCCGCUCGUGAUUCCCUCACGGUCUGCCAAAUAAGUAACUGGGCCGGAGUGACCUUCUUCCUUGCCAUCAUUUUCCCCGUCCUUUGCGUUCGUCGAAAGGGGUAUGGUGUUGAUGUGUUUUAUUGCUUACCGGAGCAAGCAGAACAGGAGGAACACUGAAGUGUGGAAAUGGAAACCUUGAUGUAAAAGACAGAGAGGAGAUCAAAGAGGUGCGUUUCGCGAGCUGGGUUUUCUGGAAUUGCAGAUUUCUCCUUGUGGGUUUCUCUUAAAAGUUUGACUGUGAAGAGAAUUUCUGCAGUAGCUGCGGGUUUCUCGAGUUCCCAAGGCAUUUUUUUGAAGGUAAGUAGGUGUGUUUUGCUGAAGAUGUCUAUAAAUUGCAAGAUUUCUGGCUUUACUGGUAGGGUACCAGCUAAUUACAAGCUGAAGAAGUCAAAGGAGACUGUGCAUGAGUCUCACUGUGUCUGGAAAUGGAGGAGAGUGCUUCUCUCUCUUUGGUUUCUAGGUGGGGUUUUUGGGUUCUUAUGGUUUUCCUCGAGUUUCAAUUACGCGGCUUGGCGGGGGAAGGAGAAAACUCCAAAUUUGUUUGAAGAAAAGGGUCGAAUCUGGCUACAGCACUUCAAUGUCAGCAAGAACAAGCUUCGUGCUUGGGCGACUUGGUUCUCUGAGGCGGAUCAGAUAGGAUCCGCGAAAUGUGCUACGAAACUGACAGUUGACAUGGCUCCGAGUAAUAGCAUUGCCUGUGUUAUGAAGGUACUCUGUACAGAGAAGCAGGCAUUCGAAAAGCAGCAUGAAUGUUUUCAAGAAAAUGAUGAACCAAAGGAUCAAUGCAGUGUUCGGGAGGAAAUCAUUCCUUGGAAGUCUGACCUAUCAUUACUGGGGGACAAAUCUGUAUCAUUUGUUUCUCAGUCCACAGCUUCCUCAAUUUUUCCUGGUUGUCAAAAUAAUUAUGAGAAAGUGUUGCAAGCAAGGGCAGUAGUGGAUGGGGCAAAAGAGCAUUGUGAGAGUGUUUCUUUUUGUUUGGUUAAUAUAACUUGUUGGGUCCUGCUGGGAGUGAUAGUCACCUGCAAGACAUCCAGUUUUCAUGUGCAAGUAAGAAGAAAUCGAAAGGAGAAUCUGGUUCAGGAGAAACCUAUGAUGCAGCAGAAGCAGAUGCUCCAGCAAAAGCAACAAGAGCUGGCACAGGGUCCUUCUAAAGGUGCUGGGAAGUGGAGGAAGAAGCUUCUAGUAGUAUUUGUCAUAGGUGGGUUGAUUGGAUCCAUUUGGCUAUUUUGUCAUUUGAAUAAUGAUAUUAUUAUGAGGAGGACAGAAAUGCUAAUAAACAUGUGUGACGAGCGAGCCCGGAUGUUGCAAGAUCAGUUUAAUGUCAGCAUGAACCACGUCCAUGCCUUGGCUAUUCUAAUCUCCACAUUUCACCAUGGAAAAAGCCCUUCUGCUAUUGAUCAGAAAACAUUCAGAGAGUAUACUGAGAGGACAGCUUUUGAGAGACCGCUUACUAGUGGUGUAGCCUAUGCUUUGAAAGUGCUGCACUCAGAGAGAGAGCAGUUUGAGAAGGAGCAUGGCUGGACAAUAAAGAAAAUGGAAAAUGAAGACCAAACGUUAGUCCAAGAUUGUAAUCCAGACAAUUUGGAUCCUUCACCUGUUCGAGAUGAAUAUGCACCUGUUAUAUUUUCUCAAGAAACUGUCUCCCAUAUUGUCUCCAUUGACAUGAUGUCUGGAAAGGAAGACCGUAAUAAUAUUUUGCGAGCAAGGGCAUCUGGGAAGGGAGUGCUAACGUCUCCUUUUAAGCUAUUAAAAUCCAACCACCUAGGAGUUGUCCUGACAUUUGCUGUCUACGGUACUGAUCUCCCUGCAGAUGUGACACCACAGCAACGUAUCGAAGCUACUGUGGGGUAUCUGGGUGCAUCCUAUGAUGUCCCUUCACUAGUGGAGAAGCUUCUGCACCAGCUCGCCAGCAAACAAACAAUUGAUGUAAAUGUUUAUGAUACAACCAAUGCAUCUGCACCCAUCAACAUGUAUGGUCCUGAAGUUAUUGAUACUGGAGCAUUGCACAUUAGCUCCCUUGAUUUUGGGGACCCAUCACGGAAACAUGAGAUGUGUUGCAGGUUCAAGCAGAAACCUCCUCCACCUUGGACUGCAAUAAUAGCUUCUGUGGGGGCCUUGGUGAUCACUUUGCUUCUGGGCCAUAUCUUUCAUGCAGCUAUAAACCGAAUUGCAAAAGUGGAGAAUGACUAUCGGAAGAUGAUGGAACUCAAAGUUCGUGCUGAGGCUGCUGAUGUGGCAAAAUCUCAGUUCCUAGCAACCGUAUCACAUGAGAUCAGGACUCCAAUGAACGGUGUCUUAGGUAUGCUGCAAAUGCUGAUGGACACAGAUCUUGAUGCUAAUCAACUAGACUUUGCGCAGACUGCCCAUGAUAGCGGGAAAGAUCUAAUAUCACUGAUUAAUGAGGUUCUUGAUCAGGCUAAGAUUGAAUCAGGAAGGCUUGAGCUUGAAGCUGUGCCUUUUGAUAUGCGGAGUGUCCUUGAUAAUGUGUUUUCUCUUUUUUCAGGCAGAUCUCAUGAGAAAGGGAUUGAGUUGGCCGUUUAUGUCUCAGAGCAAGUGCCUGAAGUUGUCAUUGGAGAUCCUGGACGUUUCCGGCAGAUAAUCACAAAUCUUGUUGGAAAUUCUAUUAAGUUCACUCGUAACAAAGGGCACAUAUUUGUAUCUGUGCAUCUGGCAGAUGAAGCAAGGGACCGACAUGAUGUUAAAGAUGAAGUUUUGAGACAGAGUUUGACUUUGGUUCAAGAUAGGUCAAAUAACACUCAUAAUACAUUGAGUGGGUUUCCAGUUGUAGACAGGUGGAAAAACUGGGAGAAUUUUAAGAAGUUGAGUUGUACAAAUUCUGCAGAGGAACCUGAAAUCAUCAAAUUGUUAGUAACAGUUGAGGACACUGGAAUUGGAAUUCCUCAUGAUGCACAAGGACGCAUCUUCACACCUUUUAUGCAGGCAGAUAGUUCCACUUCCCGAACACAUGGUGGGACUGGUAUAGGACUGAGCAUUAGCAAGUGUCUGGUUGAUCUUAUGCAUGGGGAGAUUGGGUUUGUGAGUGAGCCUGGCAUUGGCAGUUCCUUUUCAUUUUAUGCAGCUUUCAGAGAAGGAGAUAGAAAAUUGUUGGAUUCAAAGCAGCAGUCUCAUAAUCCAGCAGUUUCAGAGUUCCAGGGAUUGAGGGCAUUGGUGGUUGAUGAAAGAAGAAUCCGAGCUGAGGUUACCAGAUAUCAUCUGCAGAGAUUGGGAAUAUCCGUUGACAUGGCUCUCAGUCUAAAAUGUGCAUCUGUGUGUAUAUCUAGCAUCUGCAAAGCAAGUGCAUUUACUCAAUUAGCUAUGAUUCUCGUUGAUGAAGAUGUUUGGGAUAAGGACACUGGCCUAGCAUUCCAACAUCUGAUCCAAGAAAUCAGAUUGAAUGGCAGAAUAGAAGCCUCAGAUAUACCUCUAAAGAUAUUCCUUUUGGCAAAUUCCAUUAGCCCUAGCAAGCGCAGCAAGAUAAAAUCUGCUGGUGUUGUGGAUAACGUACUAUUGAAGCCUCUUCGUUUAAGCAUAUUAGUUGCCUGCUUCCAUGAAACCCAUGGAAUUGGCGAGGGAAGGCAGCUGAGUAGAGGCAAACCAACAACUCUGGGGAAUUUACUAAAUGAAAAACAAAUCUUAGUGGUGGAUGACAAUCUUGUCAACCGGAGAGUCGCAGAAGGCGCUCUAAAAAAGUAUGGAGCAGUUGUUACCUGUGUGGACAGUGGGAAGGCUGCUCUAGAGAUGCUUAGACCACCUCACAACUUUGAUGCUUGCUUCAUGGAUCUCCAAAUGCCUGAAAUGGAUGGAUUUGAAGCAACACUGAAAAUUCGAUAUAUGGAGAGUAAGGCUAAUGAAAAAAUUGUGCCUGAGGAGGCUUCGACAGAGAUGUCUACAAAUGUGGGACACUGGCAUACUCCUAUAUUGGCAAUGACAGCCGAUGUCAUUCAAGCAACAAAUGGAGAGUGCAUGAAGUGCGGGAUGGAUGGUUAUGUGUCAAAGCCAUUUGAAGAAGGGCAACUCUAUUCAGCAGUGGCGCGAUUCUUCGAGUCUGAUUGAUUGAGUGGGACUGGCCUGGCAGAGAUGGUUCAUUCGGUGCUCUGGCCUAGGGGUUGAUUUGAGACAUUUGCAGAUUGGCCUUCAAACCAUUUGGGUUGUCCACAUGGUAGUGAGCCUUACUGCUACAAGGUGGCACAAUCAACAAUUCCCAGUUCCAUUCUUCUCUCAUCAAUAUGGAAUGCUGGUCCUAUACGACCACGAUGAAAGAUACUGAUUCUUUGUGGGUACUUGAGGAGAUGAAGCAGCAGCUCGUAGCCAGUUGUAAUCUAUUCUGCAUUGUAUCAGAAUCAGCCUCAGCCAGCAAGAUUGAUGGGGAUUAUACGUAUAGACACCUUCUUUUGUUUGUGUACUUAAAUGCCUUGUGGUAUUUUGUGUGGCUUUUAAAUGAAGCGUGUGCAAGCAAGAUGAGUAUGCUAUAAUGAGAGAAAUAACCAUAUUUUAAAUUCUAAUAAAAUCAAUGAUUUAUCCUUUAAUCUUCUUGGGAUUUGUGAGAAAAUGUGUACAGAUAACCCAAAUACCAAGAAGGUGAAAGAUCAAAUUAUUUGUUCCUUUAGAAUCAAUUGUGGCUGUUUUGACAGUAUAUCGUUUUAGAAUGUACUCAUCUAAGAGGAGAGAUUAAUAUAGGAGGCGCAACUAAAAGGUUUAUGCACUAAAAAUCAUUUUAAGGUUGAAAUUUCGCUACGAUUGGCCAAUGUAUUUGACUAUUGUAAAGAUUUUGUAUUAUCCCAAUUGGCUGUAAAUAAAUAUAAGGGUUAUUAUUAA